AUGCACAGCUGUAAAAUAACCAUCUUAAAAAGGAUAACACAUAUCGCCCAUAUUUUUCUAUAUGUGGCUGUUUCUUAUUUUGAAUCAAAAAAUAUUGGAAAAAGAGAUUCAGAUGAUUUUUUUAUUGACCGCACUCCAAAAUGGUAUAAAGAUCCAAUAAAAGCUUCUAUUGUAAAAAAUUCCCCUAAAAGACAUGUAUAUAAUAAUUUGAGAUUAGCUAGGUCUACAAAUGAUUUAAAAGAUUCAUCAAAAGUAAUGAUUCCUUUUGAAGAAAGUGAUAUGGAUGUUGGAACUGCUCCACCUGAAGUAAUUCCUUUUGAAGAACCUAGUCAUGAAUUUCUAAAAAAAAUUUCAGAAACAGCUAAUAAUAAAAUUAAUAUUGAUCAUUUUGGCAGUAAAACCGGAAAUUUUAAAAAUCUUAUGACAGUUGAUUUUGAAGGUCCAUUACUUAAGAAAUAUCUCUCAUAA